GAGCAGGCGGCAGCCAGGAACCCCCUGCAGAGCCAAGGUCCCUCUGAUGGGGUUUCACGGUGGUGGAACAAGAGCAAGACUUUCCUCUUGAUUUUUGUUCACCAUCAUGGAUGAAUAAGGAGAACAAGGUUGUUGUUCCUGAUGCUGGAAAACCUUUUGAAGAGAGGGAGCCAAACAGUGACUUGAGCCACACAAGUUUCCUAGAAAAUGAGAGACUGAUGGCCCUGGCAAGCCUGGAAGAGUCUUCUGAUGAUGAUAUUGAUGAUGAAGAAUUUUAUGAUGAUCAUUUGGAAGCUUAUUUUGAGCAACUGGCAAUUCCAGGAAUGAUGUAUGAAGACCUAGAAGGACAGGAACCUCCGGAACACUAUUUUAAGUUACCUACAAGUGAUCCUAGUCAGGCAGAUAAAAACAGCGUCUCUCUGCUCUCCCAUGGCUCAUGCUCUUCAGGCAGCUCCGAAAUUCCCUGCGGAGAGUCUGGUGGGGGGCACGUCUGUCCGUCUGCAACCCAUAGUUCUGUCUGUCCUGGAGAUAGUAGGGGCGGCACGUGGAUGGUGUGUUACGUGUUUCCUCUAGUACGUGGGGAACUGAAAAGGAGAAAGAAAGGGCAGACGGGUUGAAGAGUAUUGUUCCACUUUGUGGCAGA